AUGGAAAAAUGGGGAAGAAACCCAAAUUGGGAAAUUUCAUUAAACUGCCAAGCCAUUUGGUCUUCGCAAUCGCGGAGACCAGACGGAAUAACCCUUCACGAACGCAGCCACUCUGACCCUCCACGAUCGCGGCCAAGCUCCACCAACGCGAAGGAGGCACCAGAAGACAGCAAACAGCAAAUACCAAGGCAUAAAAACAUUCACCCAAUGGACCCUUGGAAUCCCGAGCACACAAACUACUACCCAACUAAACUCGACGUUUCGGACUCAAUGGAAUCAUCGAAAUAUGGAUUCGAGGUCUCCGUGACCCGGCACCCAUUAAAGGAAUUAAUAUCUCAGCUUACAUAUGCUGGGAAACAUCUUUGUGCCCGUGAUGAAGCUUUUUAUUUGCUUGAAUUUAAGCAAGGCCUCAUCGUUGGUCGAAAUGAUUAUUACAAUGGUUGUGACAGCAAAGCCCAAGCCAAGACUUUGUCCUGGAAUGUUACAGGAGAUUGUUGUGAAUGGGAUGGUGUUACUUGCAAUGGAUUUACGGGUCAUUUUGACGCAUCUUUUGGCAAUCUCACUAGAAUUAGAGUGUUGAAACUUUCAUUUAACAACUUAAAUGGUAAUGUUCUCUCAACUAUCUCAAAAUUAAACAAACUCGAUCAUUUAGAUCUCUCUUACAACGAUUUUCAAGGCUCGAUUCCAGAAUCUUUUGGCAAUCUCACUAGAAUUAGAAGUUUGGAUCUUUCAAUGAACAUCUUCACCGGAAAUGUUCCCUCAACUAUCGGAAAGCUCAACAAACUUCACUCCUUAUCUCUUUCUUCCAAUAAUUUUGAAGGCUUGAUUCCAAACAUAUUUUCCAACUUCUCAGAGCUAUCUUUUUUAGCUUUUGACACUAACAAUUUCACUGGUCCACUCCCCUAUUCAAUUGCAACGUUGACUCGUCUUGAAAUAUUAUACUUGCAAAACAAUUUACUAACUGGUCCACUUCCCUCUAAUAUAAGUGGACUUCAAGAGCUACAACAACUUGAUUUGUCCUUCAAUUACUUCACUGGCGCAACACCCCCUUGGUUAUUCCACCUUCCAUCCUUACUUUCUUUAUAUGUUCAAGACAAUCAAUUAACCGGGAAAUUGCCAAAUAAGCUCAAGAGUAAUUAUCUAGAAUACUUUAACAUUCGUCUUUCAUACAACAAGCUGCAAGGUGAAAUUCCCGAUUGGAUGUUUUCUACAAGCAUAGUUAGACUGGAUCUCUCUCAUAACUUCCUCACAGGCUUUAAAAAACAAGUAUGGCACUCAGACUCCUUACAAUACCUUAAUUUGGAGAACAAUUUUCUUCAAGGGACUUUGCAUCAAUCCUUUUGUGACAUGCAUAACCUUGACUUCCUCAUUUUGGCUCAGAACAAUUUCAGUGGUUCAAUCCCAGACUGUUUGGGUAACUCCAAUAGCUUCAUUUCUAUUUUAGACUUGCGAAUGAACAGUUUUCAUGGAGAGAUACCAAGAAUCUUACCUACAACGUUACAGUAUCUUGGUUUAUAUGGCAAUCAAUUGAGGGGACAAGUCCCGCGAUCCUUGGUUAACUGUACAAGCUUGGAAGCUCUUGAUUUGGGGAACAACAAGAUAAAUGACACGUUCCCCAUAUGGCUGGAGAAACUUCCAAACCUCCAAGUUUUGAUUCUAAAAUCAAAUCUCUUUCACGGUUCAAUUGGUGAUUUGGAGUCCGAAUUUCCAUUUCCUGAGUUACGAAUCUUUGACCUUUCCUUCAAUGGGUUCACAGGAACUUUGUCAUCUAAUUUUUUCAAAAGUUUCAGAGGUAUGAUGGAUGUGGAUGAAGAAAAAACAGGAAUUACUCGAGAAAGAACAAGCAAUGACACAGAUUACCUUUACCACAUUAGUUUGGUGAUAAAAGGUAAUGAGUUUGAUAUGAGAAUCACGUCAAUUAUGACGAGUGUUGAUUUAUCAAGCAACAGGUUUGAAGGAGAUAUUCCAAAAUCCAUUGGAAAUCUGAGCUCACUUGUGUUACUCAACCUGUCUCACAACAACUUCCGUGGUCAUAUUCCUGCAGAAAUUGCAAAGGUGCAGGCACUCGAAGCAUUAGAUCUCUCAUGGAACAGACUCAUUGGAGAAAUUCCAGGUCCAUUGUCGAGUUCGACAUUUCUUGAGGUCUUAAACCUUUCCUACAAUCAUCUGGCCGGGCACAUUCCUAUUGGGAAACAGUUCAAUACAUUUCCAAAUGACUCGUAUUGUGGAAAUCCUGAUUUAUGUGGAUUUCCACUGUCAAAAGAAUGUGGAAACAAUAAUGAAUCACCACUUGAACACGAUGAUGAUGAUGAUUCAUUUUUUAUGAGCGGAUUCACAUGGGAAGCAGUGGUAAUAGGUUAUGGUUGUGGUAUGAUAUUUGGAUUGUUGAUAGGAGGCCUCAUGUUCCUACUGGAAAAACCAAAAUGGUAUGUGAACUUUGCUGAAGAUAUACAAAUUGAUGCUAACAAGCAAACAAGGCAAAAGAAGAGACGUCAAAGACGCUGUUUAAGAAUGAAUUAGCAAUAUACCAGAGGUUACUGGAGAAUUGGACAAUUUAAUUAGCAAGUUAGUGUUGAUGUUCGUGCAAAUAUCAAAGGAUGCAUUUGUUUCUUCACUUUAUGCCCAUGGUUGCCAAAUACAUAAUAAGUUACAGUUGAUUUCUAUAGUUUUGUGGCAAAUAAUAAAUUAGCUUUAGACAUAGCAACCUCUACCCUCUGUUUGGAUGGAUGUCUCAUAAUGUAUCGUAUUAUAUUGUAUUGUAUUGUUAGUUUAGU